AGAAGAAACCUCAAAGUCUAGAGCUUGGCGCCAUCAGCGAAAUCGAAAAGAGUGUAAAGGAGGCGCUGAUCCGAGAGUUUCCGAAAGCAAUCUCCGGUGAAGAUGACUGAGAUAACAACAUCGGCGAUGGACAUUGACGUAGACGAGAAUCAUCCUCGCAAGCCGCCGAGUAACAACAACAACAAGGGCAAAGACGUCGCCGGCGGCUUCGGUGCUCCGCCGCAGAGCAAGGCGACGCCUUGGGUCGAGAAGUACCGUCCUCAAUCGCUAGACGACGUCGCAGCGCAUCGUGACAUUGUCGAUACGAUUGAUAGGUUGACUAGUGAGAACAAGUUGCCUCAUCUUCUGCUCUAUGGUCCUCCCGGUACAGGCAAAACGUCCACCAUUCUAGCAGUUGCCAGGAAACUCUAUGGGCCCAAGUACCGUAAUAUGAUUCUUGAACUCAACGCCUCUGAUGAUAGAGGCAUUGAUGUUGUGAGACAGCAGAUUCAAGAUUUCGCCAGCACUCAGAGCUUCUCUCUAGGAAAAUCUUCGGUGAAGUUGGUUCUGCUAGAUGAAGCAGAUGCCAUGACAAAAGAUGCUCAGUUUGCUUUGCGUAGAGUGAUUGAGAAAUACACAAAGAGUACUAGGUUUGCGCUUAUUGGAAACCAUGUCAAUAAGAUCAUCCCAGCUUUACAGUCCAGAUGUACCCGGUUUAGAUUUGCCCCACUUGAUCCUGUUCAUGUGAGUCAACGUCUUAAACAUGUCAUAGAAGCUGAAGGGCUUGAUGUAAGUGAGAGUGGUUUGGCGGCUCUCGUACGGCUGAGCAAUGGAGACAUGAGAAAAGCAAUGAACAUUUUGCAGUCAACGCAUAUGGCAUCGGUGAAAAUCACGGAGGAAGAGGUUUACCUCUGCACAGGAAACCCAUUGCCAAAGGACAUUGAGCAGAUAUCUCAUUGGCUUCUAAAUGAAUCAUUUGCUGAAAGCUACCAAAAAAUAUCAGAGAUGAAGAUGAGAAAAGGACUUGCCAUUGUUGAUAUCGUCAGAGAGGUUACCAUGUUUGUUUUUAAGAUCAAGAUGCCUUCACAUGUCAGAGUUCAACUGAUAAACGAUUUGGCAGACAUCGAGUACAGAUUGAGUUUUGGAUGCAAUGACAAACUGCAGCUUGGAGCUAUCAUUUCUACUUUCACUCACGCCAGGUCUGCCUUGGUUGCUGCUGCGAAGUAAAACCUGUGUUCUUCUAGCUUUAAUAUGAUGGAAACCCUGCAGAUGUAGCUUUUGUAUGAUUUGGUUUUUAACUCAACAAGAACAGAAUGUUUUACCUCGGUGAUGGAAACCCUGCAGAAGUUGCAGGUUGUUAAAGACACUAUUUCAAUUACUUUGAUCAGAA